AUGAUCCAGCUGCUGUUCGCCGUGCUGGUGGCGGAGGCGUCCCUGACGGCGGCGCUGCUCUUCAAGACGCCGCUGCGGAAGCUCGCCGUGCUAGUGGUCGACCGGCUCAAGCGCGGCCGCCACGCGCCCGUCGUCGUCAAGACGGUCGCGGGCGUCGUCCUAGCCCUGCUCGCUUCGACGCUCUACAGCAUGGCUCAGAUCAGCGGCAGCGCGAGCGACUCCGACUCCGGCUCCGGCGGCGGGCCCACGCCCACCGACCAGGUGCUCUUCUCGCGUCACCUCCUGGAGGCGUGCCUCAUGGGGUACUCCUUAUUUCUUGCUCUAGUGAUUGACCGGCUACACCAAUACAUCAGAGAUUUGCGUGGGUUCAAGAAGGACUUAGAGGCUGUACGUAAGCAUAAUAAAAUGUUGGAGGAAACAAAACAUGGAAAUUCAGAGGAGGCAAAGAAGUACCAGGAAGAGAUUGCCACUUUGAACAAGGAGAUGAAGAAACUGAAGCUACAAGUCCAGGAAAAGAUAGAAGAGGUCCAUGUUGCUGAGGACAAGGCACUUACUAUCCAAAAACAAUCUGAAGGCUUGCUGAUUGAAUAUGACCGCCUGCUGGAGGACAAUCAGCAUCUUCGGGAUCAGCUGGUGUCAAUUGACCUGAGGCUUUCCAGCUCUUCUUGA